CAGCAUUUCCUUCUGUGGAAUUGAAGGAGCAAAUGCCUUUCCAGUAACAAACACAUUGGACUUUGUAAUUGAGGUGAUUAGGUUAACCGGAUUGGACCUUGACCUUGGCUCUUCUGUACUUGGGCUGGCCUCCUGCUGGCAGAAUUACUGAAAUACCCUUUUUAAGGUGUAAAAUGGAAGAGUAAGAAAAAGAAUUCUUGGAAAUUGAUUGCUACCAGCGGUCUCAAACCGCUCAAUUCCAACCAGUUCUGGGUUACUUUUUAGGACUGAACGGGACACAGGCUUUAUGUCGUUAUUCUGUUUAUUUGGAAAUUAGUGAUGGUAGAGUUUCAUAAACUAGAGUAGACCUGCCCAUAGGUAAGAGAGCGUGAUUGCUAAAAUGGGGAACCAGGAAAGCAGGCAAGGUCCAUUUGAGUAAUAAUGGCGCCUUCUCCCUGUUUCUCGGGAGGGUUUUCAGUGUGUAACCUGGAGGAUUUAUCAGAAAACAAAUGAAACAUAAACAUCAGGCAUAGUCACUGGCAAAAGCGCCUUCCUGGAGCCCCGGGAAGAACCUGAGCAUGUGCUGACUUGGUCCUCUAGUUUGGUAAAAAUAAAAGCCUUUGAUUGUCCCUACCCCUCUGCCCCGCCCCGCCCCGGGCUGACCAUGAACUUCUGGGCACAGCCUUAGCUUCCCUGGUACUGGGAUUACAGGCUACAGACUUGGCUACCACAAGAAGAUACUUUCAGACUACUUUAAUAUCUAUUUUUAUUUUUUUUAUAAUUAGAAAUAGAGGGAAGUGUAUGUCUGUGUCCCUCUGCCAGUAUGUGCAGGGCCCUGCUGAGCCCAGGGAUGUAGGCGCACUAUAUCUCCUGGAUCCAGAGUUGUCGCUGGCUGAGAGUUGCCGGAUGUGGGUGCCAGGGACUGAACUCUGAUCUGCUGGAAAUUUUUUUUAUUUGAGACCAUGCCUCACGUAGCUCAAGCGGGUGUCAAUAAUAAACUGGACAUGGUUGAAGAUAAUCUUCAACUUUGAAGUUCUUGCUGCCUCCACCUCUGGGAUAUGCCAUCACAACCCGUUUAUGGGACACUGGCGCGAAAACCCAGGACUCUGCCCAUUCGAGGCGAACACUCGACCAACUGAGCUCUGCCCCCAGCCCCAGAUUCUUUUGGUUUUAACCCCACUACUUUGGAGACUGGGGCUGAUGGAUCUCUUAUGAGUUUCAAGACAACCUGCUCUACUUAGCAAUCCAGGCCAGCCAGAGCUGCAUAGUGAGACCCAUCUCAAAGGAGAGAGAGAAAAAAAUGGUUCUAGAGUUUAUCUAUCCCUGUGAAACCCAGUGACAAUUAAAUACAAUGAUAACCUGAGAGGUCUUCGCUUACUAGACAAAGCCAGUGUUUAUUGGGUGUUUUCAGUUAUUACUGGGUAGUGUUCCUUAACAUCAUACUUCUUCUCAUAGUUGAGAAAUAUUAUUUUCAGUCUGUUGGCUGCUUUCCUUCUCUAGUACUUGAGAAAGAAAGGUAACUGGGUGUGUUGACAUUUUUAUAAAUGUUUUUAUAAAUAUGCAAUCAGUAUUAGGGAUGGCUAUGCACUAUUUGUUUAACAAAGGCAAUGUCACCCUUACUAUGUGGUGGGCAUUUAGCACUUUGGACUACUUUUAGUGAGUAAUUUAAGCAAACAGAGUUUGACGAUAAUACCAGUUAUGUUUUGCCUUGGUAUAUAUUAUUCUUGACUUACAGCCACAAGGGUCAAUUAUCUUCCCCAGUCAUUCAUUCAUUCACUCGUUCAUUCAUUGGUGGAGGGCAUGGUGAGCACACCCAUGUGGAGUUCAGAGGACAGCCUUGGAGAGUCAGUUCUCUUCCCACCAGUUCUACAGGGGUCGAGCUCAGGGCCUCAAGUGCCUGUGCCCACUGAACCACCUCGUCAGCUCUCAAGGCCUUUAAAAGUGUUUUUAACCUGCUUCCAGCAGAAGCCUUGCUGGGUCUAACGGGUCUUCCUCAGGGUGCCCUCUGAGAGUCCCCUGUCUGGCCUGACAUACCCCACUGCUGGGCAUCAAGGGCUGCUCACCUCUCGGUGCAACUCCGGGAGGAAGAGGCAGCCCCCAGGGCACGGCCAGCGGAGAUUGCUUUCUCCUGCUUGCCUUGAGGGAAUUUUGAGAAUUGUAUUGAAUCACUGACUGACUGGCACCAUUGGAGGUAAGUUCUCAGAAACAUCUAACGUGGGACAGGUGGAAUGGACUCCAAGCCGAUUUCUUCUUCAUGCCAGCACAUUUUUAGGAAGAGCCCAAAGUACCACCCACCAGGGAAAGAGAAAUAGAAGCAAGAGCCUCUGGAGGUUCGGGGAAAGAAGUAAGGGAAAAGAAUCCUACAACCACAGGGAGAGAUGACAAAGAUGGAAAGAAAGACUCCAGCGCUGCCCACCCAGGGAAUCAAAUGGUCAAAUCAGCACCUGGGACUAGGAAAAAACAGAACAAAACAAAACACCAUGCCAGGAUAGUUGGAGAGCUCAUUGAAUGCCAAGAGAGCUCUGUGAUUGGCGGUAUCUGAGACGUCUAUACAGAAACUGCCACCAGCAGUCAGAGUUGACUCAACCAACAGACCUUUGUAUGGUAACUAACUGUAGUAGCAGAGCUGGGCUGUCUGGCCAGCUUCAUGAUGCUGACUAUCGCUGCUUGCGGGUGCUUCCUUAUGGCAUAAACUGAGAAAUGUUUUCGGGGUAUACAGACUGGAUCCCUUCACCACCGUGUCCCUUCAUUUUUAUCAUCUAACGACCUCGGGAAAGAACAUUGGCAAGACCAAUCUGAAAAGGAUGAAUGACCGUGGUGGCGCACGCCUUUAAUCCCAGCACUCGGGAGGCAGAGGCAGGCGGAUUUCUGAGUUCGAGGCCAGCCUGGUCUACAGAGUGAGUUCCAGGACAGCCAGGGCUACACAGAGAAACCCUGUCUCGAAAAACAAAAAAAAAAAAAAAAAAAAAAGAAAAGGAUGAAUGAGGUAACCUCGUUACUGUGACUGUCACUCACCAUCAACCUGAACUCCUUCCAAAGGAGGUGGGGACUUCACACAGAUCCUCAAGCGUGACUUGCAGCACAGUAAACCCUUCAGGUGCAAUAGGAAACUGGUCCAGCUUAAACCUGCUUGGCCUGAGACACAACCGAUUGUCAGCAAUACCCAGAUCAUGGCAAAUGCCGAAACUCUGUAAGUGUUGAUGGGAAAGACUCCCGGACAAAAGUGUUACACCUCUGCUCCAGCUGCAGCAGGGGAAGGUUUCCCCAGAGAAAGUGUAACAGUUCUGUGACAGGGAAAGUUGCUUCUGCCAGGGAAAGUGUUACAUCUCUGCUUCUGCCCUGGAAGGUUUUCCCCAGCUUUUCCCCAGCGAAAGCUCUACUCCAGUGAAAGUGACACUGAGAGGUACCCAUGUUACAGCUAGGCUCUGAGAGGUACCCUGGCAGUUCGAUACCAAGGAAUGCCCCAGAGUCACACCUCACACAGAGAUUUGUUGGGAGGGAGUGGCUGCCUCUGCUUGGGUGAGGGAACUGAGCUGAAGGCAGGGCUUAUAUAGGAUUUCCUAAGGGCAGGGAGAGGGCUUUCCAGGGUGGAGAUUUUCAGGAUAGAGAUUGGUAGGUUUCAAUUCCUGAGUUUGAGUGAAUCCUUUAGUUUUCCUGUUCAGUGAUUGGUGGGUUUUCUUUGCUCUUUUAUCCUAAAAACUUGAGGUAAUAAAGUUAGAGAAUAGUAACAUUUCUACUCUACUAUAAAAAAAACAGCUUGGAGAAUGUACAAAUGUUUCCUGUGGUUAGGGUUGCUAGGCUAAGAUCACUAUGUCAAUACCUUUUCUGUAGCAGAGAUGUAUCCUUUGAUAAACAGUGAAACCCACAGGAUAACAGAUCCAAGAGCCAGAUUGACCGGAUGUCUGUCUGUCCUGUGGUGGUAAUAAUUCAGAAUGAUCAUUACGGAGGCUCUAGCUAGUCUUCCAUUUAUAUAUCUGAUGGGUGUUCCAGCUCAGUUUCUCUCCGUUCACUCCUCAACAUGAAGACAAUUGAAUCAACAAAUCCCAUAUGGAAUUCUCUCCAAAGCAAAAGGGUUAAGUAUGCUGAGCCUGAAGGACGCAGUUAACAUCACUUCCUUUGGAUUUUGGACUUGGACCUGUCUGGUAGAAUUGAUUUUGGCCGCUCCUCUGCUCGUGAAGGUUCCAGAGGAUGUGUCGGGUCUUGUUUCCCUUGAGGUUCUAAUACUGGCACACAGUCCUCUAAAGGAGCUCCCCAUGGUCUGGAAUCCUCAGAAUUGCGGGAGGUGGAUCUGAGGAGACAAAUUGAAUUGGUUUUUUUUUUUUUUGGAGGGGUUGGGGGUGGGUCAAGAUAGGGUUUCUUUAUAUAGUCCUGGCUGACCUAAAACUCACUCUGUAGUCCAGGCUAGCCUUGAACUCAUAGAGAUGAGCCUCUGCUUCCCAAGGGCUGGGAUUAAAGGCAUGCAGGACACUGCCUGGAUGAAAUCACUUAUCUUAAGGACUUACAAAAAUCGGUCUAGACAGACAACCAACCGCCCUUUUCCCCCGAGGCACUGGGCCUUUAUGAGUCUCACACACUUGGUCUCGCUAAAGCACUAGAACUGUACUUGAGUCACACCCCAGCCUGGACAGACCUCCCUUUGAACUGGCUCUCGGCAGCAAACUGUCAGUCAUGAGUAUGGCAUUGUUCACUCUGUCCCCUUUGUACUGUUGCCAGAGGGCCUUCCUUCUUUAUUCAGGCCUUAAGAUGCUGAACUCAUAUGCCAUGAACGAUUCAAACUGCUAGCUCCAAAUACUGUUCAGAAAUAGAUUGCCAUUAAUGUCUUAUAUCUAUAUUAUGUAGGUAUUGAUAUAGAGCAGAUUUAUAAAGACUACAUUAUCUACUAAAGAAGAAUCAUAGUCAUUUAUAUAUAUUUUUUAUUUUAUUGACAGUAGAUUUUUCUUCUUACAUAAAUAUCCUGAUUAUGGUUUCCCUUCCCUCUACUCCUCUAAUUCCCCCCCUCCCAUCCACCCCCUUCUGUCCCUUAUUAGAAAAAAAACAGGCUUCUAAGACUCAAGUAUAAUAUUAAAAUAUUAAAUGUAUUAUUUUAAUUUUAGUAUUUAAUAUAUCAACUCUUUAAUUCUAUAAAAAUAAGGCUUAUAUAAGUUUUCUUUGUUAAAUUAACCUUAAUAAUAUUAAAAUUUUAAUAUUUAAUAUAUCAGCUCUUUAAUUCUAUAAAAAUAAGGCUUAUGUAAGUUUUCUUUUUAAAUUAAUGGCUAUUUUUCUGUUAUAAAAUAUGCCAGUUUAUUUAAGGUUUUGCCAAUAAAUUUUGGAGUUAUUCAUUAAUUUAAGGAACAAAGUAGAAUAAUUCGAUAAAUGUUUCUCUUAGAAAAAUGUAGACCAGCCGGGCGUGGUGGCACACACCUUUAAUCCCAGCACUCAGGAGGCAGAUUCUGAGUUCGAGGCCAGCCUGGUCUACAAAGUGAGCUCCAGGACAGCCAGGGCUAUACAGAGAAAUCCUGUCUCGAAAAAAACCAAAAAAAAAAAAAAAAAAAAGAAAAGGAAAAUGUAGGCCAACACUUCUGUUGUCGGGUGUUUCUAGUAGCAUAGACCCUGAAGGCAGAAUUUUUCUUUUAUUUUGAAAUUUAAGGGCUGGCAAGAUAGCUCAGCAGGUAAGAGCACUGACUGCUCUUCCGAAGGUCCUGAGUUCAAAUCCCAGCCACCACAUGGUGGCUCAUAACCAUCUAUAAUGAGAUCUGAUGCCCUCUUCUUAUGUGUCUGAAGUCAGUUACAGUGUACAGUGUAAUAAAUCUUUUUUAAAAAGAAAUUUAAAUUUUAUAUAUUGUUUUUACUCAGUAAAUAUGAUUUUUUUUGUUUGGAUUUGCUCUGUUUUAAUCAGUCCAAUUCGGAGUUUAUACCCUCCAAUUUUCAUCAGCUAGUUUAACUGUUUAAAGAUAAGUUGAUUCAAAUAACAAGCUGAAAAUACAUCCAGAAAUGUAAAAUCCUAUUAAUUUUAUUUCUCUGAUGAACUGUGAAGCUAAAUAGCUGACAUGAAUCUUUGGGUUUGGGGAUAUUGAGCCCUAUCCUAGAGUAAAUAUGUUUUCUUAACUUUGGGCGGUGACUGAAACAUGGUGGUAGGUUUUUGGGGUUUUUUGUGUGAUAGGUUUUUGUUGUUGUUGUUGUGUGUGUGUGUUUGUUUUUCAUUUCUCAAAGUUGCAGAUCCACAAAAAUUUGACAGAAAAAUCUGGCAAAUAAUUUACACAUGAAGACAUACACACACAUACACACUCAUGCUAUGUGUAUUCAUUAUAUCAUAAACUACAGUAGGUAACUUUAAAGACAUCUCCCUAUUUUUGUACAAUGAGACGACUGUCUUUUUCUAAAGACCCCAGUACACAUAUAUCUUCUGGAGACUCUUCACACUGGGCUGUAUUGCUGAACUAAAUGCACUUUCCCCAUAGGUGGGGCACGGGGCUGGAACAGUUCAGUUCAGUACUGUUGUCUUUAACUUCAUCCUUUGCUGGUAGGUGGUAGUGCAGUUACAGGAAAGUGACCCGUUUUAUGGACACCAUUGGGAGUUCCAUGCACAUUAUGUAAAAUGUUGUCAAUAAUAUUUAGUCUCAAUCAGGGCUUCUACCCCUUCUUAGAUCAUUCAGUUUCCUGGGAUAAAAGACAACUUUUAUAUUUACAAUAAGCGUUAGUCAGCACUAGAGCUGGGUAGGUGUCUACCCUCUAUGCUAUUAUAAUCUAUCUUCACGGAUAACUCCAUUUUAUAAUUUGCCAUGUCCCCUUUGGGCAGCUCUUAACUUUAAUUGGCCAGCCCUUAUGGCCAUAUUUUCAUGACUCACCUACCUUCAUUGUGGCUUGCUCUUAUCUCCACCCUUUUCUCUCUUCGUGGUUCUCCUCUACCCCAAGCCCAAGUCUUCUUGGGGAAGACCCGCCCAUUUCAAUUAUGUCUUACUGUAGGCAUCUUUUAUUUAACUAAUAGUUUUAAGGUAAGGAGCAAGGUCACAUUGUACAUACAGAUUCUCCCAUUCCUGAAGCAACCAGGCCUUGGGGACCAGUGUUUUUAGCAUUACAAUAUAUCGCAAAAGACCAAACCUCAGCAGUAAGAUGUACAUGUACUAUUUAAUAACACUUUCUUUUGCUUUACUGUCUUUUUUUUUAAAGAUUUUUUUUUAUUUUAUGUAUAUGAGUACAUGUAGCUGUCUUCAGACACACCAGAAGAUGGGAUCAGAUCCCAUCAUAGAUGGAUGUGAACCACCAUGUGGUUGCUGGGAAUUGAACUCAGGACCUCUGGAAGAGCAGUCAGUGCUCUUAACCAUUGAGCCUUCUCUCCAGCCUUACUUUACAGUCUUUACAAAUAGCAAAGUGGUAAAUGUGUGCCCCUUAUAUAGUACUUGUAUCUUUCGUAGUUUGGGCCUGGGUCAGUUUAAUUAUUGAGGAGACUCACAGAGCAAGUACAUGCUAGAUAGCAUCCUUAAGCACGCCUCCCACAGAGUGAAUAACUGUGUAUUACUAUGGAUAUGCUUUGCUGCUUGGUUUCUUGUGUUGUCCCUGCCCCUUUGCAUUUUGUGCUACACACCUCUUUUGUUUUAAUUAAAACUAUAAUAUCAAGAUUUAAAAAAAAAAAUGGGACCUUUGCUUUUCCUGGCACUCAAACUGAAGCUUGGGUUUGGGAUAAAAUCUGUUCAUGACUGGCAAAUUUGGAAGGAACAAUUAAGAGAGGAAGACAGAUAAAGAUAUAAAGACCCCAGAAUGUUCAAAUAUGCUGUAAAACUACUGUCGAUUUUACCAAGUAGUAGCCUUUCAUGGUGUCUUUUCAGUUAAGUUUUGUUUAUUAAAGGAAUUUGUUACAAUUCUACCUAGGUGUGUUUUUAAAAAAGUAACUCUCAUAUCCAUGUAUUUCUGUAUUAAAAUUACACUUGAGAGGUAACACCCUAGUAUCUUUUCUUGAAAAAAAAAAAACAUAGUUUCUCAACAACAACAACAAAAUCUUUUGGAUUCCCUCCAUCUGACCUUGAUAGCUUUCUUUGACAUUAUUCUUGCUUUCCUCAGUGAAAUCAAAAGGGAAAGUGAAAUGUCCCUAACUGUUAUCAGAUGUCCAGCAUUUAGGAGAAGAAGCAGGCUGAGAACCCACUGUCAGGCCACCCUGAGGCAGCUGUGUAAUACACACCACAGCAUGCCAGGAGAGGGGGAAGCUCCUGUGUACUGAAUGUGUCGCUCCUAAGUAGUCAUUGCUUUGGCACCAGCCACUGUCAAACACAGUUACAGUGGUUUGAAUGAAAAUGGCCCCCAUAGAUCCAUAGGGAGUGGCACUAUUAGGAGGUGUGAUCUUGUUGGAGUGGGUGUGGUCUUGUUGGAGUGGGUGUGGUCUUGUUGGGGUGGGUGUGGCUUUGUUGGAGGAAGUGCAUUGUGGGGGUGAGGGGUGCUUUGAGGUUUCAAAUGCUCUAGCCAGUCCCAGUAUGGCACUCUGUCUUGCUGCUGUCUGCCUGCCUAGCCGGGUAUAGAGCCCUCAGCUGCCUCUUCAGCACCAUGUCUGUCUGUGUGCAGCCACACUUCCCAAGCCCUGAGUUUAAUCUUCUCCUUUAUAAGAGUUGCUAUGGUCAUGAUCUUCGCAGCAAUAGAAACCCUAACUACGACCAAAGUUGAAGGGAACCCAUUCUUAUUGUCUUUCUUUUUCUAUCUUCUUUCUUUUUUUCUUUCCUUUUGAGAUUGGAUUUUAUAUAUAGCCCAGGGAAACUUGCUGUAUAGCGGAGGGUGACCUUGAACUGCUGAUCCUCCAUCUCCAUCUCUCUAAUGCUGGGAUUACAGGCAUGCGUGACCAUGCUCAGCUUUCUAUUGGAGAUUGAACCCAAGACUUCAUACACUUGAAGGCUGUCUUCAGCCCCAUUAACUUACUUUCUUUUCAGGAGUAUCUGAUAUUUCUAAAGUAGGGCUACAAAAGUCCGUCCAUUUCUGUAGAACAUUCUGGUCCUGUUGAUGUGUUCCCUGGUCUGCUUGGGAUAACCUUAGAAGAUGAUACAUCCCUUGGGAGCUAACAGUUGAUAUCCAUGACUCUUUGGAUAGUGACUAGUGCAAUGUAGGUGCUUAGGAAAUAAGUGUCCAUCGGUUUAAAAACCUUGGCUCUUUCCCUAAUCUUUUUACCCCCCCUUCCCACCCCCCAGAUGUUUCUGUUUGGAGCUUUCUUUCUCUAAGGAUUAAAAUGUAACACCAAUGUGAAGUGUAUCGUAAUAGUUGGAAAUACUUUCCUAGCGGGUGACUGUCAGUCACUUAAACUUUCCAUGUUACAAUUUUUCUGUCAAUGGAAAGGAAUAAUGGUUAUAUCUAGCACUGAGUUACAAGGAGUUCCCUGUGUAAAAUGCUUCUGGUGCCUGCCACGUUUUCAUUCAGGCUGGGCAAUAUCAUACUUUUAGUAUAUGCCUGAGAUUAAGAGGGAAGCGUUACAGAAGAUAUUUAGCUAUUUAGAGCCCUUGCAACCCAGAAGUACUUUAGUGUGUGGAGAUGACAGAGCAUAAGGUACACACUGAAAAGAAGCCUUGGUGGUGGGGAGAGAGGGACUUCAAGGAAUUACUGGCCAGUCAUCGUUAGCGUAGUCGUGUUCUGUCUAGCUAUGGAGAGUUUAUUCGGCCUUUGACUUGGUGAGUUUCAAUUUAAUUUCUUUGGCCUAGAUAAUUAGACUUAAUGAUUAACCAUUUCUGCCUCCACUUUCAGUAACUGAGCAGUGAGGGACCAUGUGCAGCAGGCACUGUUCUGGGCACGCAGGACAUUGUGAUAUUAGGGACAGUAAACACAACGGGUUCAAAUGCUAUCAUAGAACUUCCAUUUCUACUCAUGGAAGAUAGAUAAAGUCAAACGUGAUCCCAUCAGAGCCCUGCCUCUCUGGAGAUAUUGUGAGCAGAAGAAAAGGGCACUGGCAGGACGAGGUGCCAGGAGAGGCCAGAGGCAGUAGAAUCAUCCCCCAAGCUUGGCCUUACCAACUCGUCGCUAUACUCAGCUCUGACUUGUCUUCCUGAGGGACAAGCCUCCAUUCUGAAUUGCUUAGAGCUGAGAAAAGCUGGAUGCUGUCUGUCGUCAUGGAGAUUAAUUACCACUUUAUUAAUCAGCCGACAGGCAGAACUACUGGGUGGAUGGGAAUACGUGUCACCUGUUCAGGCAUGCCCGAAUCUUGCAGUUAGUGGAUGGGAGAAGUCGGUUAGCAUGAGAAGGUGUUGGGGCACAAUGAGCACAAUGCCUGGGAAACAUUAACAUAAGUCGAGCAUAAGUCUACAGGUCAGGAGUCCUCUCCCUUGGGCAGGGUUUAUCGAGUAUGACACCCUCCCUCCCCAGCACAACAAAAAUACUAAUAUCACGGCUACUAGUGAGGAGAGGACGGCCAUCAGAUACUUUGUGAUGCUCUGAGGAAACGGGUCACCCCUAUGGCGUCUGGGCCAGUAGGAAUAUGUAACUUCAGACAGACCAUCCUGAUCCAGCAAACUCCUCAAGGGUUGGUGGUCGGAUUCAUCUUAACCAUCGCAAAUUUCAGCUUUUUUACUUCUUUGAUGACGUUUUUCCUUUCAUCUUCAAAACUCACAAAAUGGAGAGGAAACAUAAAGAAGCAACUGGACUCAGAGUAUAAGGAAGGAGGACAGAGGAAUUGGGUCCAGGUGUUCUGUAAUGGCGCCGUGCCCACAGAGCUGGCCCUGCUCUACAUGAUAGAGAACGGCCCCGGGGAAAUGCCCAUAGAUUUUUCCAAGCAACACACUGCUUCCUGGAUGUGUUUGUCUCUCUUGGCUGCGCUGGCCAGCUCGGCUGGAGACACCUGGGCUUCUGAAGUUGCUCCAGUUCUGAGCAAAAGCUCACCUCGGCUAAUAACAACCUGGGAGAAAGUUCCAGUUGGAACCAACGGAGGAGUCACAGCAGUGGGACUUGCCUCCAGUCUCCUCGGCGGUACCUUUGUGGGCCUGGCCUACUUCCUUACACAGUUGGUGUUUGUGAACGACUUAGACAUCUCUGCUCCGCAGUGGCCCAUUAUUGCAUUUGGUGGUGUGGCUGGGUUAUUUGGAUCACUCGUGGACUCGUUCUUAGGGGCGACGAUGCAGUUCUCUGGUCUGGAUGAACGCACAGGCCUGGUGGUGAGUAGCCCGACGCAGGAGACGAAGCACAUAGCGGGGAAACCGAUCCUGGAUAACAACGCCGUGAAUCUCUUCUCCUCCGUCUUGGUGGCCCUCCUGCUCCCCACAGCCGCGUCGGGGUUUUGGCCCCGAGAGUGAACUUUCUUUUCCUUCCCAAGCAGUCGAUACUGGUAAGGCCAGCCAGACUUGCAAUGUGAAAGGUUUUUUUUCAGUGAAUAAUAAAUUCAGGGACCUUGGGAAUACCAGCUCCUCCCGUGUUCCAUUGUGGCGGCUGCUUUCAGCUCCCUUAGCAGCUGCCGCCUUCCUGGUGGAGCGGGAAGUGCGUACAAGUUGUCCACAUUUAUCCACUGUGGAUGAAGCUUCAUGAACAACGGAGCCGCUCUUUCCCUCUGUGGCCGAACUGUAAUAUCAGAUGUUCUCUGUAAAAUAUUAUUGUUCAGCUUCUCAAAGCAGUGUGUUGACAAUUUAGAAUGGUUCCCAUUUGUACAGAGACUUACCGCUAUGACAGUGGCCCAAAAGUUAGACCUGCUUUAAAUGACUUAACCCAUACACAUGGAAGCCCAAAGAAGUAACUAACUGUCUUGAACGUCACUCAUUAUCUUCUUAGUCACAACUGUGAAAAAUGUAGGCAUUGCUUCUCCACGCUCCUCGUCCUUUCUCCCAGUUAAUGACGUCAUUGUUUGGGUACAUUUCUUAUUCAUCACGUUAGAAAAUAUAUGAAAAAAAUAUUUUUACGAAAAGAAAUCAUAUAAAUUUGCACCAUUGGGAUGAAGGCAUAGCUCAGUGAUAGCACUUGCCUCGGGUGCACGGUACCCUGGUUUAGAUGCCCUGCACUGAAAGAAAAUCGCCUUACUCAUUUAUAUCUUUGAAAUACACACAUAUCUUUGGAAUCUGGAUUCCUUACUGCCGUGUGGAAGUUAAUGAGUCACUGGAAAAAUAAUGUAAUUUUUUUUUUAAAUUUACUUUCGUCAACCUUUGACCUUAAUUUUGUAAGUGCCUAGAAGUGCUGUGAUUUCCCAGUUGUGAGCCUUCUUGGUCCUACGUUCCUCUCCUUUGGAGCCUAAGUUGGCGGUUAUAUCACCAGAGGACUGCCCAGUAAGACUGUUGCCUGCCCGCUGUUAGGAUUCUGUGAGACAGGGGAGGAGCAGUGUGCAUAGAGCAUGGACGGCUCAGCUCCUGAUGGAGCCCUCAAGGGUUGGCAUCGGGGAAGCAGGGCAGCUGAAACCAUUGGGAAAGCAGUUGAUGGGAACAGAACAGCAAGUCUUGUUUUCAGCCUUUCUGAUUUCUUUUGCUGUUUCUGGCAGCCAUCUGUGUAUGUAGGGUCCUGGCUAGAGAAAUGGCAACCCCCACCUCUACUGUCGUGAAAGUCUGGAGAGCUGCCAUCUUCUGACCAUGCAGAUUCUAGGGUCUGUUCAUCUGUCUUCCUUAUGUUUGACUUCAUGAGCGGGUGUCAUCACCAUGAGAAUGAACUGUCCUGGCAACCACGUCCCAGACAAAUAACAACAUGCCCUAAAAACCCCAAACACAGUGUGCAGCUUAAUCAGCUCACCCGCUCACAGGGUAUCUGGUACCUUAACUCCUGCCGGGUCUGAGUAUUGUAAAUACUCAAAGUAAUUGUUGAAUCAGUUCGGUUGACCUGGGAGUAUAUUCUGGGGGAAGCGCUUAAAGAUGCCAGGUGGCUACCUGAAUUUCUGAGUACUGUAAUGAUCCCAGCAUUUCUCAAUUGUGUGAAACAACAUUCAUGAGUUUGAAACCAAUGAGUCAGGUACUUACUGUAGCAGGAGUGGCAGACUGGCCAAGCAGGACCCCUACCCUGUUCUCUUUUCCAGUGCAAAAGGGCCAUUCUCUUCUGUUUGCCCUAGUUGUUCUCUAAAAUGUUAUAAAUGUGGACACUUCUAUUUUAAA